AUUAACUUUGCUGACUCAGUGUUGUGUCAGUGAAGUUGAUAUGAGAGAAGAAAAACUUCAAUAAAGCUAAAAUAAUUCUCGAAUGCACUCCUUUCUCUUGACCAAACAUGACAGAUAGUCAGGAAUGUGAUGACCAGAUGUUAAUCGAGGACGACGGGCUUCGCUGUGUUGUCAAAAUGGAACCUGAAGCAAGGGAGAUUUCAAAGAGAAUCAUCUUGUUAAUAGCGUGCUUGAGUGCUCUGUGUGACUGCCUUCUGUUGUCUGUAAUCGUACCAAUUAUACCAGUAUAUUUGGAUGUAACUGAAAUACCAACAACUAGACCACAGAUUGCUGCCAACUCAACAAGCAACAAAACAUUUGCAACUGUUUCCCCAUCAACAGUAAUAGACUCAUCCAUGGAUCUCAAAAUUGGGGCUCUAUUUGCAUCCAAAGCCUUUGUUCAGAUUAUGGUGAAUCCAGCAGCAGGGCAUCUAACAGAAAGAGUGGGUUACAGCAUCCCAUUAUACAGUGGUUUUUGUGUCUUAUUUGUAUCAACUCUGGUGUAUGGCUUUGCAUCAGGAUAUUGGCUUCUCUUUGUAGCAAGGGCCAUUCAGGGGUUAGGAUCUUCUUUUGUUCUCAUUUCUAGUUUAGCAAUGCUUGCAGCUGCCCACCCUGAUGAUAAUGAACGUGGGACAGCAAUAGGUAUAGCAAUGGGAGUGACAGGUCUUGGUGUCCUAGCUGGGCCCCCCUUUGGAGGAUUGUUUUACAGUAUUGGAGGCAAGGGCCUUCCAUUCUUCAUACUUGCUGGUUUCAUUUUUUUAACAUUUGUGUUGGUGGUUAUUAGUCAGAAGCCAGUUAUGCCAAAAGAUACAGUAAAACCCACCCUCAAGGACUUGUUGUCAGAUCCUUACAUUCUGAUUGCCAGUGGUGCUGUAUGUUUCUGCAACAUGUCAUUUGCUCUGCUAGAACCAACAUUACCAAUAUGGCUAUUAGAAACUAUGGAUGCCAAGAAAUGGCAGAUAGGUCUUAUUUUCCUGCCCUCUACUGGAGCAUACCUUAUAGCAACACCACUCUUAGGAAAACUGGGCAAUAUCAUCGGCAGGUGGCUUGCAUCUCUGAUUGGACUUGUGUUGGUUGCUGUUAGUUUAUUUGUGGUUCCGGUUGCGAAGACCCUGGCUGUUCUUGUAGCCCCGCUGUUUGCCCUGGGCUUUUGUAUCGGAAUGGUUGAUGCAUCCAUGGCUGCCACCUUGGCCUACCUUGUGGACAUCAGACACGCCUCUGUAUAUGGCGCUGUAUUUGCUAUUGAAGAUUUUGCGGCCUCAGUCGGUUUCGCCUUUGGACCACUUCUUGGAGGAGUAAUUGUAUCUGAAGGAAGUUUUCAAUGGCUUCUGCGUGGAUUAGCGAUUCUGAAUCUUUUCUUUGCUCCACUCCUUGUGUUUUUGAGAAACCCACCAGCCAAACAUCAAUUAUUGCAGAAUGAGGACACAGAAGUUUCAGGUAUUGAUGAACAAAUGGAGCCAGCAGAAAUACGAGAGAGCUGUGAAUGAGCGUGUGGAGAGAUUUGCCAGAAG